GGAGACGCUGUGUAAUAUUAAGUCUCAAAGGUUUCUCUAGAUAAUGUUGCGGAUAUAGAUAAAUAAACGUACAGGUACAGGAACACGAUGUUGUUGGUCAUAGUUUUACAGUUGUCAAUUUUAGCUCUUUUACUCACUGCAAAUAAUGUGACAAAUGGCCCCAAGGCUAUAGUUUUUAUCCAUGGAAUUCUUGGUAAUUAUGAGGAGGGUACAGACCUUCAGAGAUGGGUAGAAGAGGUUCACCCUGACACGCCUUUCUACUCCAUAGCACUUUACCAAAGGUUAAAUAGUCUGGUCCCCCUCUGGAAACAGAUCGAGAUAAUUAGUAAAGAUGUGGUGGGCAUCAUGAACAACCACACGGACGGCAUCCAUCUUAUCUGUUUCUCUCAGGGAGGCCUGAUUUGUCGAGGUAUUUUGUCGACCACUCGACAUAAUGUCGACACUUUCAUCUCUUUGAGCUCUCCUCUCGCCGGCCAGUAUGGAGAUACAGCAUAUUUGAAAUACCUUUUCCCAGAACUCCUAAAAUCAGAAUUAUACAGAUUGUUGUAUACAAAAGAAGGACAGGACCUAUCAAUCGGAAACUACUGGAAAGAUCCCCAUCACCUAGAAAAGUAUCAGAAAUAUUCCAAUUUUCUUGCACCGUUAAACAACGACACCAACACGCCUAAAAUGGGAGAAUAUAAACAAAAUUUUCUUCGGCUUAAUAGACUAGUUCUGAUUGGUGGACCGGAUGAUGGCGUCAUAACACCCUGGCAAUCGAGUCAUUUUGCAUUUUACAACUCCGAGGAGAAGGUUGUCGAAAUAGAACAGCAAAGGUACUUCCUGGAAGAUUCGUUUGGUUUAAAAACCUUAUUCAACCAAAGAAAGGUCAAGAUUUAUGUCAUUCCCGGCGUGCAACACAUAUACUGGCAUAGCAACCGUACAGUGUUUAACACCGCCAUACUUCCUUGGCUGAUUUGAUUGAUCCAGAAAUCAUUAGUUUCGUUGGUGAAUUCAGAAACGUUGUGUCCAUCUGCAUUCAGUGUUGUGACAAUACUCUUUGAUGAGAAAACUGUUGUACAGAAAGAGCUCAUUCGUGUUUCCUCAUUGGUAUUGGAGAUUCCUGCUUAUGUAUAAAUCUUUAGUUUGAAAUGCUGAUCAGAUCAUAAUUAAAAU